AAGAAUCUUUACUGGAUGACCAGAGCAACAACCACAAAUAAAUGCAAUCAACGAAUAUUGUCUGAAAUUAAAGUAACCAAAAUGAACAAACUGGUACAUGAUUUAUAGAAUGAAAACGGCUAACUGUAACUUCGCUAUUACCUUUACUAUGUGGAAGAUGACUGAAUUUUGAUGCUGCUAGCCUCCACCCGCGACCUAUUGUUCGAAUUGCAGACAACAAUAGUAGCCACACGAAUGGUGUUCCUGUCAAACCAAAUCAUAAACAAAAACGAAUCGUUCUCCUUUCCUCCGUGCCUACUCUUUUGUUCUAUGCAAUUUCGAAUAAUAAUUGCAAAACUGCGAUAUACAAAAGUCAAACAAAUGAAUAACGCAAAACUCAAAGACCCAGCAACAGAGAAGUCUAAAAGCCCGCCAUCCAGCCAGCCACACCAAAACUAAAAGCAAUAAACGUAGAUAGCCAAACAAACGAUAUUUGUGAAGGAAGCCAUGUGUGUAGCACAGGAUACGUAGUUCACUAUACCCAGUAGCAAAAAGAAAGGACGAAAAAACAGGUUGCGAGCAACUUGCAUAUUUUUAUGAACAUUUAUAUUUUUGAGCUGUGAACCGAUAGCUGUGAUACCAACGAACCACUAUCAACACGAAACCGGAAACCAACAAAACGAAAAUAAACACAUGGACAUUUUUUCCUAUUCAUUUUGACUGACCCAAGCGCUCAAAUGUGUGGGUGUAGGUGUAUCCAGUUGUAUUCGUAUUGCUGAAACAAUAGCAAUAAGUACAAGGGCACAUACGUAAAGAAAAAUUGUUUUUGAUGUGACCAAACAAAACAAAGCUUGCAUAAAACAGACGACAUCAUUUUCGCCUGAAAACGGAUGAAUGUGAUUUACACGCUUCCUUGCAACCUCUGAUCCCUUUAACAGUUCCAGAGACCGUUACCCACUUUGUGCGUAAAUUUUGGACCCUACUCCAAAGCGACCAACACAUGAACUUACAACACCCUUUGUGUAUUUAGAAAACAAUUUCAUUGUAAUUGUGUAUGUAGAAUUGUUUGUGUGUGUGCGUCGUUAAGGCCUAUCUCCCGUAAUUUUGGCACUCACCAAGGGGGUUUGUACAAGCAAUAAAUGUCUAGUUAAAACCUCUUGCUUCAAUUCUUCGUGUGGCCACAUGUAUGGAGAACAAUAAAAAGAACUGAGAGGCUGGGUGAGAAUUAAAUUGGACAAGGAGUAGAACGACAGGCAGAAGUUGGGAGCCUGGGCAGCCAAAAACUAUUAAUUAAAGGCAACUAAAUCUGACUGAAAAACAAGCAAACAUACGCAAUUUUCGCACGCCAUUAGAGUCGCAGCACCCAACAAGCACUUCUGUUUUAUUAGCACGAGACUGGACCAGUGGCCUAAAACAUCUCAUUAUACUCUGCGCAGCUUAGCACACACACACACCCAGGCACGGAGAAACGUCUAAACGACCAUUCGACGACGAGCCAUUCAUCUGGGCAGUUAGAUUCACAUAAUGACCACACCGACGGAAGUGAAAUAUACGAGUUUAUCGCUGUCAUCGUUAAUCACAUACUUUAUGUCCAGCUUUGUACUUGUUAGGUGCCUGUUGGAGGACGUGUCUAUAACGUCGGCAGCAAAAGCCUCAACACUGCCCUCGGCCGACGAAGACUUGAAUUGGGAUCAUAGCGUCGAUUUGAAUGAGGAUUUUCGUAUUUUAUGGAAAAUCAUUAAUCAAGAUAUAACAUUUGAAAUUCAAGCACGUACCAUGGGUUAUGUGGGGUUCGGAUUCUCGCCGGAUGGAAAUAUUGCCGGCUCCGAUAUGGCUAUCGGCUGGGUUAACCGAGGUCACACAUAUUUUCAGGACAGACAUAUUAAACGCAGUGGAGAUCCAGAACCGGUUGUAGAUCCUUCUCAGGACUACAUUCUAAUUUUGGGAUAUGAAAACCAAACUCACACCGUUCUACGAUUUCGAAGAAAACUCAAUACAUGCGAUACGAUGCAUGACAUCGCCAUUACGAAUGAUACAAUGCGAAUUUUAUAUAUGUACAAUGAGCAAGACCCACCACAUGGAUCCGCGAAGCCCGGCAGAUUACCAGAUCCAGCUUCAUCAUUUCGUCCAUAUAGACCAAUGUUGUUAACACAGCGAGCUUCGUCGCAAUAUGAACACUUCGACCAUAUUCGCAUCUUGGAACUUCGCAACGAAGAUGUUGAACUACCUGGCACAGAUGAUACACUGAUUUGGUGCGAAAUGUUCAAACUAGAAGACAUGAAGCAUAAACACCACCUAAUUAGGUAUGAACCGAUAUACGACUCGCCGUCUAGUGUGCAUUAUCUACAGCACAUCACCCUAAGAGAAUGUCAUGGAACACAUCAGGAACUGGAAGAAAUGGCGCGCGAACAGGGCAAACAAUGUAUGGGAGCCCGGGACAUUCCAUUAGCAUGCAAUGCAAUUGUCGCUUCUUGGUCACGCGGUUCAAAUAGCUUUACUUUUCCCGCCGAAACUGGUUAUCCGAUGGAAUCUCGGCAAGCGAAAUAUUAUCUAAUGGAGACACAUUACAAUAAUUUACAGCCUGAUUUAACACAGCUGCCGACUAGACAAAUGGCAGACAACUCUGGUUUAAAAAUCUAUUUUACGCACAUUCUACGUCCUCAUGAUGCAGGAGUGCUUUCAAUAGGCAUGGAUCCUAAUUGGCGACACAUAAUACCUCCAGGACAAAACCAAGUAAUAUCAGAGGGGCAAUGUAUGGAAGACUGUACAGCAUAUGCGUUUCCGCCGGAGGGUAUUCGCAUAUUUGCUGUAAUGAUGCGCACACACCUAAUUGGAAAGGAAGUGAAACUUCGACAGAUUCGCCAAAACGAGGAAUUGCCGCCAAUUGCACAUGACAGCAAUAUAGACGUCGCCUAUCAGGACUUCCGACGACUGUCAACACCCGUCCAUGCAAUGCCAGGCGAUAGACUGGUAGCUGAAUGCAUUUAUGAUAGUUCGUCACGUAAAGCAAUAACCUUAGGUGGCCUGACGAUGAAGGAGGAAAGCUGCAUUGUAUUGACUCUUUAUUAUCCGCGGCAAAAUAAGUUAACCACCUGCCAUUCCCUCCCUAGUCUACCGACAGUUCUGCAUUCAUUGGGCAUAGAGCAGUUAGCAACGGACUCUAACCCUGUUUUGAUUUCAUCUCCGCCAGAAUUAGCUGGAAUGACUCUCGAGGCGAGGCUGCUGUCGUACGACUGGCAAAAUCAUUUCAACGAUUUUCAGGAUGCAACGAGAUCAGGCUCAUUUAAACCUCUUUGUUGGGGAGCCCGUAAUCAUGUUGUACCGAGCACGGAAUACCUGGAGGGAUUCAACAUCAACAUCACCAAAACCUACAAAAAACAGAAACACUGCAAACACAAGAGACUGUUUGUGACGGAAGAAACAGUGCCUGACAUCAAUUUUCCUGUUCUUCAUGAAGUCGACAACAACAACAUCAUCGAAGGUGCUGCUCGCAGCAGCCGGAGUUCAGCCACAGAUGGAUUACGUUCAGCUCAAAGCUAUACCCGAACGAUUACGAUGGUCCUAUCAUCUAUGGCGACACAUCUUCUAAUGGCGCAGCAUUCGGUCUUAUCCAGGUGGAUAAGGGCUUGGUGGCAGUGGCGGUGGUGGUUCCUAACGUCGUAAAAGAUUUAAAAUGUCACACAUUUACCACACAAUUGUGGGUUGAGUAACGACGAACGGAACAGAGUUACGUAUGUAUCUUAGUAAGUUAGUACGUUUUUUUUACAAAAACACAGAUAGAAAUGAAAGAAAUAUCCAAGAAAUUUAUUUUAUGUAGAUAUAUAUUUCUUAUGCUCUCUUCUUUAUCUGUAUUUCCUCCCGAACUUUUCGCUUAUUCCUUUUAGGGUUGGUUUUUAGCAUAGGUUUUUAUACCCUACACCACAUAGUGGUAAGGGUAUUAUGUCUUUGUGCAUUUGUUUGUAACAUGGAGAAGGAAACCAGAUAGACCCAUAGUUACUUUUGAGAACCUUCAUAGAAUCACUUUCUGAGUCGAUUUAUGCAUGUCAGUCCGUCUGUCCGUCCGUCCGUCUGUCUGUCCAUGUAUUCUUGUGAACAAAAUGCAGGUCGCAUUUAUUAUCCGAUUGAGAUGAAAUUUUCCAAACAAUAUUUUUUUGGCCCAAGGACGAACCCUAUUGAAAUUGGUGAGAAUCGGAUCAAAUUUAGAUAUAGCUCCCAUAUAUAUCUUCAUCCGAUUUCUGGUUAAAUGUGCACCAAAUGUCCACUAUCAGUCCAAAUUACCUGAAUAUUGGCACACCCAACCGAGUUCGGCCUAGAAGCAAGUGUGUCAAAUUUGGAGAAAAUCGGUUCAGAUAUAGCUAUAGCUCCCAUAUAUAUCUUU